CUGAACUAAACUUGAUUGACGACAGACGUUUGUUUAUUUACGAUUUCUGGUAAUCUUCAACCUCAAAAUUCUUGUUGGGAUCGCGUGUUUCAUCGUUUAAGUUUGAAUACAUCAUGGGAAAUGAUGGAGGAAGCAUUCCACGACGCGAUGAAUUGGUCAAAACCAAACAGAAGAAAGAGCAGAAAGACAAGGAUUCGGACCGCUUGACGCGAUGGCAACAUUGCCACCUAACCCAAGAGGCAUUGGGUCGUCGAAUAGUGGCAUGUCAGUUGGGUAGGCUUUACAAAAAAGAAGCCAUUAUCGAGCGACUCCUUGACCAAGAGAAACCAUUUCCGCCUGAUUGUAAUCACAUUAAAAGCAUUAAGGACGUCAAGGAUUUGGAGCUGGUCGAAAAUCCCAGUUAUGAGAACCGAAAUCCGUCGAAAGGUGACAAUUACAUCGACAGUUCAAUUGCUCCCUGGAUCUGCCCCAUGACUGGGAUCGAAAUGAACGGACGCUUCAAGUUCGUUUUCGAUUGGAAGACCGGCAAGGUUCUGUCGGAAAAGGCCAACAAAUUGGUCAAGCGUGAUGAUCCCAUGAAGAUCUCGGAAGAGAAUGUGAUCAUUCUCAAUCCUGAGUCGGAAGACGCCAGUCUUAUGCUAACGAAAAUGGAGGCCCGCAAGGCUCGUGAGAAGGCCCUUAAGAAAGCUAAAAAGGAGUUAAAACGCGGCGUCGAUGCUGUCCCGAUCAAAAAUGGGGCAGAUGAGCCUUUCAAGAAACCGAAGAUUUCGGGUAAUCUAACCUCAAAUAUCCCUCCCCCACCAACCAGUGAGAAGCUCUCCGUUAAGCUUGGGUCAGUCCAGAAAGAUCCGAGCAAGAGUGAAGUCUACAAAUCCCUAUUCUCCUCCCAUAAAUCGGCUCAAAACAAACCCAAGGGCCAUUGGGUUACUUUUGACCCUCGCUACAACUGAUCUUGCUAUGGUUUGUCCUGUUAUGUUGUGUUCUCGAAAUGUAAUACCCAAAAUCUGUUAAGCAA